AUGCCACAAGUUGCUUCCUCCACUACCACCACUGUUGGCAAGUCUCCUCGGCCGUACCAGCACUGGCCAUAUGUGGUGGAGCACUCGGACAGCCACCGCUUUGUAGAGGCGCUGCCCACGGAAAGGGCGGGGUUCAACCAGGCGGCUGUCCUCCGCCGCUUGCGGGUCAGCGAGCUUGAUGGCCGUCUCGUAGCGUCGUGCAAAGAGACGCUCCUGAGAGUGUGCGCACGCAGUAUAUGGAUGCUGAAAGUGCUGGUUGCAGCCACGCGCGCGGUUACGAUCGAGGACCUCGAGGUCAGGGUUGCCUCCAAAGCCGACUCGACCUUGUGUAGGGACACUGCACAGGAAAGAGUGAUGUGUACACUGCUUGACCUAUUCGAUCAUAUUCGAGAUCACUUACAGGCGGAGUCGUUGCACGGAGGCACUGCCAAUCGUCGUGGCAUACUGCAAACUCGUAGUAUCACCCCGGAGGGCCGCCAGCACUGUACCACUCACCUCCCACAAUUCGCAUCGAACUUCAUCAUUACGCGGGGCCGUGACGAGCUCUCCGCAUUAGAACCGGAGACGUCGCAUCAAGGGCAAUGGCAUCCGGACGCGUUUGUGAAAGUGAGGGUGUCUUCGAAGCAACACCCGUUCUUGGGGGAGGACGGAAAGCCCACCCCUCUCCUGACGCAAGCCGCUCUUCACGCACGCGAGCACCUCUCCACCCGCCCCUUCUCCCUCUUCUACAUCACUCUCAUGAUUUACGGGAGCGAGUUCUGCGUCGCCAUCUUUGACCACCUGGGCUGUCAACUUUCCCCGAGCCUCGACAUGUGGAAGAACCUGGACACGUUCAUCCGCGUCGUGCACAACCUGACACGCGUCCUCACGAAUGCGGAGCUCGGUCUUGACCCCUCAAUCACAGCGAUCGACAUCGGCGUUCCCCUCUCAUGGCAGCCAGAUCCUGACGCUGUGGUCUUCAGCAUACCGCCUGUCGGGUCCGACAAGCGGACCUGGCUCACUGUUGACACUCCCUCACGGUCCUCGAUGUCUCUCUUCGGUGACGGCACCACAGUAUGUCACGUACGAGAGGACAACGGGAGGCACGAACCCGUAGGACGCGUCAUGACGAUGAAGUCUUCCUGGCGCUCCGACGAGUAUCGCUCCGAGUCCGAGGUCCACAAGCUUAUAAAGGGCCAGCAUCCGGCCCUGGGCAAGUUUAUCACAGGCGCAGACGUUACAUACAACCGUACCGGACGCCGCGGGAGCCGCACCUCAUCGCCACUCACCAUACACGCCCUUCGAGGGGGUCCACUCGGGCGGGGAGACGAGCCCAUGGUCUUGCAUCGUGUAGUGCUCCAGUCUAGGGGGAAACCGCUCUGGGCAUACGACACGGACGAACAGCUGUUUCACGGGCUACUGGAUACAUUGUCGGCGCACAAGUUUCUGUGCGACCAAGGGAUUCUGCACUCGGCCAUCAAUGCGGAGAGCAUUCUUCUCGCUGCAGAUCCCAAAGAGCAGGGAGCCAUCGGGUUCCUGACCGGGCUUCAGGACGCUCGCGUCGGGUUCAGCAAACACACUAUUGCCGUGGAACGCGCCGCCCUCAAUCAAGCUCGCGGAGAUGAUUUCAUUCGUUCUCGCUUCAUACUCGCAGGACGAGGUGAUGCAACCAUCUCGGGAGCACCUCAAUUUAUGUCGCGCCGCCUCCUGCGGCAUCUUGCCAGCGGCGAAACGUUGGCCCAGCCUCCCAAGGUGGACGACGACGUAGAGUCCUUUUUCUGGGUCCUGCUUUACGCCGUCCUCAGGAAGCUCGUCGCUACCAUGACCGGCGACGGCCCCCAGCAACAACGAAUCCACACGAUCUUCAGCGAAAUAUAUGGCGGCCCGUCGGCAAGCCAAAUCCUUGACGGCCGGGCGGCGGGGUUUUCCAUUCUCCUCGAGCACGACCUCCUUAAUGGCAACAUUUUCAUCCACAGCACCUCCCUUCCGCUUCGAAUGCUUCUAUGGCGAUAUAUCCGUGAUAGCAGCAUAGCGCGUAUGUUGGGUUGCACCAGGCCCAGAGCUGCACCCGGCUACGUGGGCGUUUGGGCUGGCCCCGAGGCCGAGCCGGUGUCCGAGGCGUUCAGUCACCGCAGGCUGAAGGAAAGCCUGGAGAAGGCCAUCGUUUCCCUCAGAAACGAGAUACCCGUCGACGUCCGGGCCAUUGGUAUGAACAAGUCGUUACUUCGCGAUUUCACUGGAAGCUGGGGCUGGCGUGCGUAG